AUACAAUUAAAAAAAUGUUGAAUUAUUGUGGCCGUUGAUUAAAACCGGGAAAGAAGCAGCAGAAAGAAAUCUGAAAAUCUGAAAUCUGAUGUAUUAGCCAACCAGAAUCACUCGACGACUCCAAAUCAAACUUGUCUCUUCCCUUCACUAACUUACAAAAACCCUAACCCUAAUUUUCUGUAGCCCCAGUUUUUCCUCGAGUCUUUUUCUCAAUCGGUGAAGAUGGAAGACGAAGAAGGGAUCGGGUUAAUUUUAGCCAGAGCCACCGAGCUGAGACUCAAGAUCAGCGAUUGUAUCGAUAGCUCCAGCACCGCCGUCAGCGAAGACGGUGGCGGCGAAAACGAGGGUUCUCCUCUGGGAGAAGGAAAGAAAGAUGAGAUUAUUGGGAAACAAGAGAAGGAUUUUGACUCAAUCAGCUCUAGCGAUGUAGAGGAGGAAGAAGCUGAGCGGCUUUUGCGUAUACGUGAUGCUCUUGAAUCGCUCGAGUCUCAGCUUGCUGCUUUACAGAUUCUCCUGAAGAUGUUUUCGUCAGUUUCUGUAGUUAAGAAUUUAAAGCUUAUGGCUUUUAGUAAUCUACGGCAAAGACAACAAUACGAGAAGCAAGUAGCUCUCUCUGAGAUUGAUUACAGCAGGAAGAUGCUUCUUGAGAAGCUCAAUGAGUACAAAGGGAAAGAAUUCGAAGUACUACGCGAAGCUUCGACUUUUGCCGGCGAAAGAGUCGAUUACGAAAACGAUCUUCUUCUUCCUCCUUACCCUGUUCAUCCACCUCUCUCCCUCGGUUUAGAUAACAAUGGAUACUUACCUCACUUACCGUCGAAGCAGAUGAAAUCAGACGCAAAUGGGUUUGGUUCAGGACAUGUGAGGAACGAGACUGAGGCGAAGAAAAGUCCCGAUGGAGAAUCUGGAGGCUCGAACCAUGGAGUCAUCCGCUUCUUAGGCUCUGUUGCAAAGAUCAUGCUUCCUAUCAUCGGUGUGAUUUCUGUAUUGUCUGCUUCUGGAUAUGGUCCUGAGAUCAGGAAAAGAGGCGCGUCGUUGAAACUUCUCCGGUUUCUCCCGGAGAGAGUAGUCGGAGGGAAGAAAACGCCGAACCAAUGCCCGCCGGGGAAAGUUCUGGUCUUUGAAGACGGUGAAGCACGGUGUCUUGUGAAGGAAAGAGUUGAAAUACCCUUUGACUCUGUCGUUGCGAAACGCGAUGUUCUGAAAUAUAUGGAGAGUGAAGGAAAGAUUGUGUUUACAGAAGAGCAAGAGGCUCUUGUAGUGAAAUCAUGGGGUGUCAUGAAGAAAAACUCAGCUGAAUUGGGUCUCAAACUCUUCCUCAAGAUCUUUGAGAUUGCACCAACAACUAAGAAGAUGUUCUCUUUUCUAAGAGACUCACCGAUUCCUGCUGAGAAAAACCCAAAGCUCAAGCCUCAUGCCAUGUCUGUUUUUGUCAUGUGUUGUGAAUCAGCAGUACAACUGAGAAAAACAGGGAAAGUUACAGUGAAAGAGACAACUUUGAAGAGACUUGGAGCCAAUCAUUCUAAAUACGGCGUCGUUGAUGAACACUUUGAGGUGACCAAGUAUGCAUUGUUGGAGACCAUAAAGGAGGCUGUGCCGGAGAUGUGGUCACCGGAGAUGAAGGCUGCUUGGGGUCAAGCUUAUGAUCACCUUGUUGCCGCCAUAAAAGCUGAAAUGAAGUCUUUCCCUUAAUAUAUAUCAAUAUAUAAUAACCAAAAAAUGUAUACUUUGUAGUCAAAUUUAAAUAUGAGUUGUCAUGAUUUGUCCA